AUGUGUGGUGGUUCCCUGAUCAAUGCCAAUUGGGUGAUCACCGCGGCCCAUUGUUGUAAAAUCCCCCUCAUACACCACCUAAACGAGACCAUAAAGUGGGGAGGUUUGAAAGUGAACAGGCUACCUUUCCAAUCAAAAGUGGCCAAACGUAUCAUACAUCACAAGUACAAUAUGAAUGCCACUGAGAAUGACCCUAAAAGGCUCUCGCACGAUUAUUGCCUAAUAAAACUGGCCACACCCGCCGUGCAAAGUGCCACGGUCAAAUUUGUUAAACUAGCAAAGGGCUACCCCAAAACAGACAAAAUGGUGCUGGUUACAGGGUGGGGCAAUACAAUGGUGGACGGGGUUAAAAAUCCAAUUGAUUUACAAGCUGCUGAAUUGCAUGUAAUGGACCGGAAAAGUUGUCAG